CUUGUAUAUAUCUAUGUAUGUAUGUGCAUUAAAUGCACAAUUUUUUAUUACUUAAUAAGCCUUUAUCAGUAAAGUUGACUAUGAAAACCUCGGGGGCAGGCAACCCUUACUAAUAAUGGUAUGCAGGUGAUUUUUUUUGCUGUAAUAUAUGUACAGUCUGUCGAAGAAGUGAAACUUAAAAUUGGUUUUAAAAUUAAAUUAAUUUUGGUUAAGCAGCUGUCAAGCUGUCAUUCAAAAUAGAAAUGAAUAAUGUCAUAAAAAAUGUUUCACAAUUUAGUACUUUCUUAAGAAGCAAACGAAGUGUGUAAAACCCCAAAUGAAAUAAUCAGCGGGAUUCGUUGAGUCGAUUUAGCCAAGUCCGCCUAUCUGAGUGUAUAUACGCGAAUUAGUCCCUCAGUUUUAGAGAUAUCGAUCUAAAAUUUUUCACACGUCCUUUUCUACCUAAGAAUCUUCGUAUUCGUCGGGACUGCCGAUAUCGGAUCACUAUAAAAUAUACAAAAUGCACUUAGCUCCCUUACAAACUGUUCGACCAAAUCAAGUUCUUGUAUGGAAAACUUUUUCGUUUGACAAGAUAUCUUUACGAAAUUCGGCACAGAUUAUUGUUCAAGGUGAGAGAGAAUCAGCUGAAUGUUAACAAAUUGACACAUAGAGUUCAAAAUAGUUAAAUAUUAGGGGUUUAUUGGGACAACCGAAAUAAAAGGAACAGCUCUAUUUUUUGCCCAAAGAUUUGCAUUUCUCUACCAAAAUCAGCUGUUGAGAUUUGAAGCCUAGUAAGGCAUAAAAGUUUCAAGCCAGAGCAGCGGCUAUUUGAAUACGGUACAGAAUUUUAACGAAAGUGGAUGUGAUUUUUGCAAAGACUGUAUACGGAAAGGAAAAACCCCAACUGUUAUUGUUAAACUCUUAGAAGUAGUCACACAUUAUGUGCAUUUACAUAUAGUACUCAUAUAUACAAACCUAUAUAUACAGACAUAUGUAUAUAAUCAGCAAAUUACAUCAUAAAUAAAGAUGAUGAUGCAUCCACGGCAUACAAUUUUUCUUAGUUAAAAAAAUACUUAUAUACAACGAAACAUACAAACGUAUGGUACACUUGCACUAUAUAAAGGAAGAGAAUUCACAUUGACAUUACAAGUCACUCCAAUCACCAUGUCUCAAGCAAUCACAAUCAUUAGCGGUCUGCUCUUCGCACUGCUCACAGUAGACAGCUGCGCAGGAUACUCAGCGCACGGACGUCAACCGCCAAACCUUAAUGACGCUGCGCUAGCACGUCGCCUGGUGCAUCAAGCCGAUUGGGCUGCAGUGGGAAGUAUUUCCACCAGUGAGAAAAUCAUCGACUAUCCAAUGGUGAAUAUACUGGCAGUGGACGAUAGCGCUUUGAAUGGCUCCUCAACUGGGCACAUACGCUUCUUCUUGCUGAAUCUGGACUUUACUGGACGUGAUACGCAGCAAAAGAACAAGGUCACCUUCUUCUUUACCGACGAACAGAAUGGGGCUUGUCACAGACGUGGCGUCAAUCCCAUGGAACCGGCAUGCCCACGCAUUAUGGUUAGCGGCAGCGUGAAAAAGUUAAAUACAUCAGAUCCCACCUACAAUGAUCAGCUGCAGGCAUUCUAUAAUCGCCAUAAAAAUGCCGAGAAAUGGGCGGCACACAGUCAUAGCUUCGAAUUUAGCGAAUUGGAAAUUGAAAAUAUUUUUAUUGUGGCCUACCAAGGCGGCCCACGUGUUAUUCCCGCCGAGGAUUACUACAACGCCACUGUUUGAAAUGUUUCGCAAUAAAUAUAUUACAAAAGUGACUUUUUUUUAAAUAAAAAUUUUGUUUUAUAAAAUAAUAAAGUAUUAGAAAA